GUUGUUGAACACGUGCGCGGUCACGAGGCAGCAAACUGCGAAGCGUUCGCCAAGAAACUAACAUGAGCGACGAAGAAAAGGAGGUCGACGUUGAAAGCGGCGACGAUGACACGGCAGAAGGGGGGACAACCGAAUUUCUUAACCAGGCCGACAAAAGAGCCCAUCAUAACGCUUUAGAGAGAAAGCGAAGGGACCAUAUUAAAGACAGUUUCUCCCAUCUUCGGGACUCAAUACCUUCUUUACAAGGCGAAAAGGCUUCUAGGGCUCAAAUUCUUAAUAAAGCAACAGACUACAUACAAUUCAUGAGACGGAAAAAUCACUCUCAUCAGACUGACAUAGAUGAUCUCAAAAGGCAAAACUUAAUUUUAGAUCAACAAGUCCGAGCACUGGAGAAAGCAAGGUCAACGGGUCAAUUCAAUGCAGCGGCCACUGCUGCCCUUCUCACAUCUGACUCUCUUUUGAGUGCAUCUCCUGGUUCAGAUUUGCUGGACAGCCUUAAACAAGACACUACGUCUCCUCUUGAUGCAUUAAAUAUAAAAUCAGAAAACAACAAUACAGAUUCAGCAUCUGAUGAUGAAUACCCCGCUAAAGUAAAGAGAAGAAAAAGGGAUGUUUCCAAGACUGGUCGAGGCUUUCGGGUCUCCUGUGGCGGCACUCCGACAAAUUGGGCACGAGCUCGUGAUCUUGGCGCUUCAAGAUCAAAGAUGGCGGCUACAGUGGAAGUCAAAGAAGCCGAUGUAUAUGUACUGUCAUUGGAAAAAGAGGCAGAAGAUUUAAAACUGAAAGCUAAUGGAUACUUCAAAGAAGGGAAUUACAACUCCGCUAUAACAUUUUACACUCAAGCGAUCGAGUUGAAAGCAGACGUUCCUGCGUACUAUGGCAACCGGAGUUUUUGCUAUCUUAAGACUGAGUAUUAUGGACUUGCUCUUGCGGAUGCUAACAAAGCUAUUCAGCUCGAUCGGAAGUACAUCAAGGGCUAUUAUCGGCGAGCAACUGCAAACAUGGCAUUAGGAAAGUUCAAACUAAGCCUAAAGGACUAUGAAAUGGUUGUGAAAUUUCAUCCUAGUGAUAAAGAUGCAAAGGCAAAAUAUACUGAAUGUAAAAAGAUAGUACAAAGACAAGCAUUUGAAAAGGCCAUUGCGGCAGAAGAAAAAUUAGUGUCUGACAGUAUAGAUGUUGAUGCCAUUGUUGUUGAGAAUGAUUAUGAUGGACCUAGAAUUGAUGAAAAUGGAAUAACCAGUGAAUUUAUAAAGGAAAUGAUGGAUAGAUUUAAAGAUCAGAAGAAAAUACAUAAGAAAUAUGCCUAUAUGAUAUUAAAGCAAGCAAAGGUUAUGUUUGAAAAGAUGCCAUCUCUUAUAGAGAUUACUAUACCCAAGGGUAAGACAUUCACAGUUUGUGGAGAUAUUCAUGGUCAGUUCUAUGACUUGCUAAACAUCUUCAAGCUCAAUGGCCUUCCAUCAAAAGAGAAUCCUUAUCUCUUCAAUGGCGACUUUGUAGAUCGGGGUUCAUUCUCCUGUGAAGUAAUAUUUACACUUUUCAGCUUCAAGUUACUCUACCCAGAACACUUCUUUAUGUCUAGAGGAAAUCAUGAAAGUAGUUCCAUGAAUCAGAUGUACGGAUUUGAUGGAGAAGUGAAAGCUAAAUACACCUCUGAUAUGGUAGAUCUUUUUACUGAGGUGUACAACUGGUUACCACUUUGUCACCUCAUCAACAAGAAAGCGCUGGUUAUGCAUGGAGGUCUGUUUAGCACUGAUGGCAUUAAGCUGGAUGACUUAAGAACUAUCUCUAGAAACAAACAGCCUCCUUCAGAAGGUCCCAUGUGUGAUUUGUUAUGGUCAGACCCCCAGCCACAGCCUGGCCGAUCUGCAAGCAAACGAGGAGUCGGGAUCCAAUUUGGUCCAGACAUUACUGAAAAGUUCUGUAAGGACAAUGGCCUUGAACUGAUCAUACGAAGUCACGAAGUUAAACCAGAAGGCUACGAGGUUAUGCACGAUGGAAAGUGCAUCACAAUAUUUUCUGCGCCUAACUAUUGUGACCAAAUGGGAAAUAAAGGAGCGUUUAUCACAAUGGGUGACGACCUUAAGCCCAAGUUCACAACUUACGAGGCUGUGCCCCAUCCAGACGUGAAGCCAAUGGCGUACUCCAACUCACUGAUGCAGAUGUUUGGCUUUAUGUGAAGCAGUUAAUUAUUCCAACUCGCGACCGCAGAUAUUUGCCUUCAUGUGAACAAGGAUCCUACAUUGGUCGAAAUACGAGGAAAUGUCCACAUUAUGGGCAAAACAAGACCCUUAAUGAGUAUACGCAUUCUACCGACACAGAUAGAAGAUGGUCAAAAGGGUCGUUCUGUAACAUUUUCCCAGUAUUUUGAUGUUGGCCCCUCAACCUGGCUACAUCUCUGUUAUGUAUGAUUUUUACUGGCUGUGUAACCUAGGGACUGUUUGGCAGCGUGGCAGAGUUUGAAGAUUCUGGGCGCGAAAGCGAGGCCUUUGUAUGCGAACUUUGUCUGCGGCCUUUUUGCACAUUUCAGAAACAUUUUUGUUUUACAAUAAAGCCUGAGGCGAAACACGGUUAAAAGAAGAUGGGGUAGCCUGGUUUAAAAAAGAGCUCCAAAUACUUGCUAGAAAGCUGUAAAUAAACCCAGACAAUAGCCUCGCUUUCGCGCUCAGAUUUCAUCAUCUGGAAAACGCCCUAUAUCAUCUGGAAAAUGUUGAUUAAGGUUAUACUGUUAGGCACUUGUAUCUUUACACUUGAAUACUUUUUACCGCUGUGAUUCAUAAUAUAAAUUUCCUCGUGGUCAA